AUGAAACUAGUUUUUGUUACGGGGACAGAUACAGACGUCGGAAAGACUCAUGUUGCUGCAGCACUCACUCGUGCUUGGGAUGCCAACUACUGGAAACCAAUACAAACUGGUACAACGUCUGAUCCUGGAGACACAACGACUGUUCAGACUUUAACACGGCUUCCGAAUGCCCGCUUCUGUAGACCACAAGUUGAACUUGAGUACCCGUUGUCUCCGUGGCGAGCAUCUUUAAAAGAAGGAUUAGUUCCCGUGAAGGUUUCGGACAUUGAAAUUCCAGACGAAUUUAAUAUCAGUCCACGGCCGUUGGUGAUUGAAGGAGCCGGUGGCCUUAUGGUUCCCAUAAAUGAGAAGGAGAUCAUGACUGAUCUUAUUAUUAAGUUCAAAAGCCCCGUGAUUUUGGUGGCAAGAAGUGGUUUGGGAACGUUAAACCACACCUUGUUGAGUAUUGAACAUCUACGUUAUAAAGGAGUCAGAGACAUCUACGUGGUCUUCAAUGGACCAUUGAAUAAGGAUAAUCAAGAAGCAGUGGAGGCAUUUGCACCAGAUGUAAAGAUUUUAGCAUGUAUUCCACCAUGUGAAAAUGGAAUCGAGGGUCUGGUGGAGUACAUUCCAAGUAUUGAAUUCUUAAGGGUCUAA